AUGGCCAGCGAGGGUCUCGAGGGCGAGCACCCGUCCGUGACACUCUUCCGUCAGUACCUGCGCAUCCGCACCGUCCAGCCGGAACCCGACUACGGGGCUGCCGUGGCCUUCCUUGAGAAGAGAGCCCACCAGCUGGGCCUGAGCUGUCAGAAAGUAGAGGUGGCACCAGGCCGUGUGGUGACCGUGCUGACGUGGCCAGGCACCAACCCCAGACUCUCCUCCCUUUUACUCAACUCCCACACGGAUGUGGUGCCUGUCUUCAAGGAACACUGGAGUCAUGACCCCUUUGAGGCCUUCAAGGAUGCCGAGGGCUACAUCUAUGCCAGGGGCACCCAGGACAUGAAGUGUGUCAGCAUCCAGUACCUGGAGGCUGUGAGGAGGCUGAAGGCUGAGGGCCACCAUUUCCCCAGAACCAUCCACAUGACCUUUGUGCCAGAUGAGGAGGUUGGGGGUCACCAAGGCAUGGAGCUGUUUGUGCAGCGGCCCGAGUUCCAGGCUCUUAGGGCUGGCUUUGCCCUCGAUGAGGGCCUGGCCAACCCCGCCGAUGCCUUCACUGUCUUUUAUAGUGAGCGGAGCCCCUGGUGGGUGCGGGUCACAAGCAUCGGGAAGCCGGGUCACGGUUCACGCUUCAUUGAGGACACAGCAGCAGAGAAGCUGCACAAGGUCGUGAGCUCAAUCCUGGCUUUCCGGGAGAAGGAGAGGCAGAGGCUGCAGUCAAACCCCCACCUGAAGGAGGGGGCUGUGACUUCUGUGAACCUGACUAAGCUAGAGGGCGGCGUGGCCUGCAAUGUGGUACCUGCUACUAUGAGCGCCAGUUUUGACUUCCGUGUGGCACCGGAUGUAGACCUGAAGGCUUUCGAGGAGCAGCUGCAGGGCUGGUGCCAGGCAGCCGGCGAGGGAGUCACCUUCGAGUUUAUUCAGAAGUGGACAGAGUCCCGAGUGACAUCUACUAAUGACUCAGAUCCCUGGUGGGCAGCAUUCAGUGGGGUCUUCAAGGACAUGAACCUCACUCUGGAGCCGGAGAUCUUCCCAGCUGCCACCGAUAGCCGUUAUCUCCGUGCGGUGGGGGUCCCAGCUCUGGGCUUCUCACCCAUGAACUGCACACCCGUGCUGCUGCAUGACCACGAUGAGCGUCUGCAUGAGGCUGUGUUCCUCCGUGGGGUUGACAUAUACACACGGUUGCUGCCUGCUCUGGCCAGCGUGCCUGCCCUGCCCAGUGAGAGCUGA